AUGUGGCGAAAAUGGACAGAGCCAUGCCGAAGAUUCUCGUCGCAUGUGAGUGGGAAAUCAGUUGCAUCGUGGGCGCCGCGCAUUCGACUGCGCGGCUUGCCAUUCUCAGCCACAGAGGCAGACAUCUGCACAUUUCUGCAAGGCUUCGAGCUUGCAGAGGCCAGCGAGGGCCCUCGCGUGCAGAUCAUCAGGAGGUGCAGCGACAACUUGCCUACCGGCCACGCGUUCGUUUACUUCAAGGAUUGGCAGGUGAAGACCGGUGAGUGGCUUGAUCUCCUCUUGCUAUGCAAAGUCCUGCAAUACUGGCAGCUGGGCGUGCUUUCCCAGGCCUCGACCCGACUACACUCUGAGCUCGAGGCCGUGCAGCACCGCCUGGUCUGGGAUGCCAGAGGUCUGCGGCGGGCUGCUGGGAUCCAGUCCAUGCUGGACGAAUCCUUGCAUGCUUUCUCCUCCUCCCGGGUAUGCUUUGGGGCGUGGGCACGAACUGCAGCACUUCUUACAGCGCAGAAGGUUGGGGAGUCAGCGCAACAACAUGCUAGGGACCAGCACGCGUUGUCCCUCAAACAGCUCUCCUUGGAAAAGGCGAAGUUGGCAGAUGCUGUGUCGUUCUCGAUGUCUUUUACCUGUGGAGCGGCAGACGCUGCAGAUCCCAAUUCAGCCGCGCGGCUUCUGGUAAGACGCUGCUUUCCAUGGUGGCGACGUCAAGCUGCCUACACGGCCGCAAGACAGCGUCUCCUACGACGAGAGGCAUCCAAUUUGAAGCUUCAGGAGGAUGUGCGUCGACACGGUGAAGUGCAUCAAUUGCGCUGGGCGUCUUGGGCUGCCAACUCAAAGCUUUGCAGAGAAAGCUGGCGAAUUCUGCGUGAGGCUUUCCAGGCUUGGGGCCGGACGCUAGUCGAAAGGCCAGCAGGACACGAUGCAAAAGCACUUGACGCAGCAGAGCUGGUGCUCUCAAGACUCACACCUUUGGCCUCCAGGGUGGUCUUUGUUGCCUGGCGGCGACUGUCCCAGGAGGAGAAGGUGAUGAGCCUCGAGGCUGAUGCGCGAAGACUGGAGGCGAAACUCGCGAGGGCAGCUUGUGAGGAUGCCGCGGAUGCCUUGUCGCUGCAGCAGCUGGAGAAACGCUUGGCAUUCCAAGAUCAUGCUGGGCAGCAGGUGUGCUUCGACUUCGAGGCAUUGCAGACACAGCGCUUCGAACAGCGCUUGCGCAGCUUCACUUUCGGUAUGGAUUCAUCUCAGACCAAGUACGUGAGAAGAGUUUCUCAUCCAACGUGA